GGUUGAUGAUACACUUCCGAAACACAAGUCCAACCGUCAAGACGAGGCGAGAUUUUAGCGGCACAGAGGAGCUUCUUGCGUUUUCUACACGAUUUGUUGUUGUAAAGGAUCGUCUAAUCCGGUUAACAAGGUGAUUCCUAGCAUUCACCUUUGGCACAUCACCGUUCGUGCUCUGGCAUGAAUUUCUCCGAGCUCCUGAAGCAGUCUAAUCAGCUGUGCAAACUCUCCCCCGAUGGAAAGUAUUUGGCGACAUGUGUUCAGUAUCGCCUGGUAGUGCGAGAUGUCAGGACGCUGCAGAUUUUACAGCUCUACACCUGUCUGGACCAGGUGGCGCACAUGGAGUGGUCUUCAGACUCCCUCUUCAUCCUCUGUGCUAUGUACAAAAGAGGGCUUGUACAGGUGUGGUCUCUGGAGCAGCCAGACUGGCGUUGUAAGAUAGACGAGGGCUCAAUCGGUCUAGUCUCCUCACGCUGGAGUCCAGACGGACGUCACAUACUCAACACCACCGAGUUUCACUUAAGAAUCACUGUCUGGUCUCUUUGCAACAAAUCCGUCUCCUAUAUCAAGUACCCUAAAGCCUGCCAGAAAGGAAUGGACUUCAGUGCAGACGGACACUACAUGGCUCUAGCUGAGCGACGAGACUGCAAAGAUUACAUUAGCAUAUUUGUGUGUGAUGACUGGCAUCUUCUCAGGCAUUUUGAGACAGAAACACAGGACCUAGCAGGGGUGGAGUGGUCUCCUAACGGCUGUGUCCUUGCAGCGUGGGACGCCUGUCUUGAGUACAAAAUGCUGCUGUAUUCCCUGGAUGGGCGUCUGCUAUCAACAUACAGUGCUUAUGAAUGGUCACUGGGCAUUAAAUCAGUCGCUUGGAGUCCCAGUAGCCAGUUUCUGGCCAUCGGCAGCUACGAUGAGAAGGUUCGGAUCCUGAACCACAUCACCUGGAAGAAACUCGUGGAGUUCGACCAUCCAGCUACAAUCACUAACUCCAAAGUUGUUGUGUACAAAGAGGUGGAGAAAAAGCCCGUUGUUGGCAUCGAGGAUUUGUCCAAUCAUCAGAUCACCAUGACAAAUUCCCUAUUCAACACACAGAGCAAAUAUGAGAUUGCUCCACUGCCAGUCCAGGUGUCGGUGGUGAAGCCUGAUCCAGAUCGUGCCAACCCCAAAAUCGGAAUCUCUACUCUUGCUUUCAGUGCAGACAACCGUUACCUUGCCACAAAAAAUGACAGCAUGGCGCAGUGUGUGUGGCUGUGGGACAUGCAGAGACUCAGCCUGCAGGCUGUGCUGGAACACACUUCAGCUGUGCGCUGCUUCGCCUGGGACCCGCGCUGGCCACGCCUGGCACUCUGCACCGGAAACGCCAAACUCUAUCUGUGGUCCCCCGCCGGCUGUGUUUCCGUCAAAGUGGAAGUGGAAGGUGUAGGUUUACAGGUGCAGUCACUGUUCUGGCACUGCGAUGGAGAAUCUCUGAUCCUGUUGGGGAAAGAUCAGCUGUGUGUCUGUUACAUGGCCACAGAUGAGGAGAAGUGAGUGCCAAGGAAAAGCCAAUGGCUAAACUACACUAGCACCAGCGUUGACAUCUUCCAUUUUAAUUUGAUGUGUUUUAAAAAAUCUCUGCUAUGAGGUGGACUUAACACCAAGAUACAGUUAAAAGCUGAUAAUCGCCUGUGUUAUGAAUGUAGAAGUCAGCACAUAGAACAGCGUUGGCAAAAAUCAGAACAUUCCCUAUAGGAUGGUUUUGUUUUUGUUUUUUUUUAGCUUUCUGGCUUAGACAAAAAAAUCAUUAGAUCUUAUAGUAUUAUGGUCAUAUUUAAGUAUUUUCAAUCAAAUUCCCAUCUCCAGGGCUCUCAAGUGGCACAAUAGUUUGUUCUAUUGUCAGAUCAUGAGUUCCAAUACUAUUCAAUUGGCAAUGCUCUCUGGGUGGGAGGGAUGUUAUAGGCUGCCAUUAGCCAAUCAUAGGUGUCUAUGAGCUCACAUAUGUGGACGAGGGCAGAUGGGGCUUUUCUCCGAGUGUGUUAUGGGAAGCAUGCUUAGGUAGCUGUUCCUUGUUUAGGGGAAAGAUGGCUAGUGGGUUGGAAUUAGCUCAUAAUAGAAGCCUAAAAGUGUCAAAUAUUUAAAACACACAAACUUCACAUUAUCUUAAAAGAGCUUAGAACAACAGAGACAGGAGAGAUAUUUUACUUUCUGUACGUAUGCACUAUACUUCAUUUCUGAUCAGACGCCACACAUUCCUUCUACCGAUAAAUGAUUCCCAGGAUUAUUCCUUUCAGUUACAAGUGUUGAAGACGUUUACAAUGAAUCCCUGGUCGACUGUAUGAAGGGCAGAGUACAGUGCAAAUAAGGGCUGGAGUUUUAUGUAGAAACAUAGCACUGCUGUGAUCGACAGCCGCUGUACCUCAGGACCACAGGAUUUUAAUGCUGGAACACAAAUACGCCAAAUCACACUGCACAGGCUGAAGCUGUUCAUACUGGAAUGUUCAGCAUUGUCUGGUUUAUUUGUUAUUUUAUUUAUAACUCCAAAUAUUCAUGAAGUAAGCGCAUUAAUAUGUAGAAACCGACUGUGUGAUAUAGCUAGCAUGUUGCUCUCAAUUCCGUUAUAAAUGUGAACUUUAUAGGGAAAAGGCUUUAUAGGGACAGUGUUUUGUCUGAUGUAGGAGAGAUUUUUGUAUCUGUAGAGUUUAGGAUUAUUUUUAUAGGCUCAGAAUUUCUAAUAAAGUUUUUUUUUUCUACAAAUCCGCCGGAAUGUUUUGGACUGAAUCCCUUCAUGCUCCCGUUGAACUUUUAUUAACUGACAAAGCAAAGUACAAGAAUGUAAAGCAAUUUUAAUAAGUUUAAGCAUGAGCAUCGGUACAGUACAAAUCCACAGAACUGAAAGGUAGACUACAACGCUGAAUCUGGCUCCGGGAAAAACGACCUUAAGCAUGAAAAAGGUGCAGUAGUAACUAAUAAUCGUACAUAAUUUAGGUCUCAGAAAGUGGUCCAGCAGUUAGACAUCAAGAAAUUGAGGAGUGGCGGCAUUAUUUUUGAAUUCAAUGGUUAUUAGUAUUAAUUAGUAAUAUUUUGCCAGAGAUCAGGGGUGUAAAAGCUGUAAUGGGUGAUUCGAAGCAACAACCAGCUUACAAAGACACACAAAAGCACUUUUUCCACACAGUAAACCGCAUGCACAGUUCACAUGCAAUACUUUACAUUUGUACAAAAACAAAAAAUCCUUCAAAACAGUGCCAUCAUUAAGAGGUUUGAUACAAAACACAUAACAUUGUACAGCGAGAGGGCAAAAAAAAAAUAAACGGAUAAAAGUGCAUACAAGCAAAAAAAUAACCUAUUAGGGAAACCCGUAUUAACGCAUCUGCACUAAUCACCUCUGGUUAGAAUGAAACUCCUAACCCACAUUUUGCAUCCAUGAACAAUAAAGCAGCAUUUUUAAAAUGAAAGAUUGCUGAAUUAUUAACCUAACCUGAGCCCUGAUCAACGUCACAAACUGAGCCGCAUUAGUUACGGUAAGGGAACAUUUUUGCACUGAUGUCACUGCUAUGAAAGUGUGAUAGAAUGUCUUGAAGAAAAUGAAACGUUAUAAACAAAAUUGCAAAUAUCUGAUGUGUUUUUCCAGUCAUUCUGGUACAGAUUUGUUGGUUGGUACUGUAUCUUUAUUAUUUCUGUGAGAUGUGUGCAGUUGCAAUAGCAAUAGAUCAUAGUACAAUUAAGCAGGAAAACGUUUUAAACAUGAGAGACAAUGGUCAGGAUUUAGUUAGAGCCUGAAACACAUGAACGAGAGCUCUUUUUUUUUUUUUUAUUGUCCAGGUCACAGUAAUGAGAAAACCCCAGUGUAAAGAGACAGGAAAUCUGUUCCAGAAUACAAUGCACUUACGAUAGUGACUUUGGAAGCUGAUCUGUUGAGUUGUGUACAGAGGAAGAGGUGAGAAACUAGGACAGACUACAGGACUAAAGCGCUGCUGCAUCGCUCUCUUUACAGCGAGGGCUAAAUCCCAGUGGCACUGCUGGUAGUAGAAUGGCAGUAAAAUGAAAACAGUUAAAAGUGACCAAAAAGGGUUUAAACGUAAUAGCUUAAAAUGUACGUUUACAAAAGGAGUGACCGAAACGAAUAAUUCCAAAGAAAAGUGUGCAAACCAUUCACAGUGAUUUAAGUUCGUAAAUAAUAAAGAAUAUGUUUGUAAGACAAUAACAUUUUUGGACUGAAAGGAAACGUACAUAAUUGAUCACUCAACUUUCAGCAUGACCGCUGGAAGCCACUUACUAACAAGCUUUCAGCGGUGUACGAGUUUUCUGUAUGUUAUUAAUGCAAUCAGCGCCAUACAAAAUUCUCUGCAUGAGCAGGCUAGUUUCCACCAAAUAUCCGUUUCCACGUCACUGACCUGCACAGGAGUCAACAGGUUGUGCUUCACUAGUUAAUGAGAGCUGAAUCACACAUGAAUGAAUCAAUCAGUGUGAUUAUUCUGUGCCUGCCUAGUGCAAGCAGUGGAACACACACACACAGUUGGGAAGAUUAAUAAUUAUGUUUCAGAAACCUCAGAGACAGCAAAGGUAAAAUUCAUUAAUGAGUCUCAUAUUUCUAGUUUUAAUAAUGGUUUGCAAAUUUUUUUUUUAAUGAAUUUACUAAUAAUUAUAUUAAUAAUAAUGCUUAAUACUUUUAUACGAUUUUUAAAUACAAUUCAAAAAAUUUUAACACGUAUUUCAUUCAGAUUUCUCUUAUAGCUUAUCCAUGACAACGCUAGUGCAUCCAAGAGAAAGUCGUUCAUUUCUACUUGCUACUGCUAACCUCAAAGUGCACAGUAGAUUAAAUCAAAACAAUAAAAAAAAAAAACAUAA